AUGUUCCUGAUUCUUUCUCUGGUCUCUGGGCUCGCUGUGUCUGGUGUCAUGACAGACAAGGAAACUGACCCACUCCAGGAAUCAUUGCAUGAAAUACAGAAACAAGUGAAUGACCUCUGGCAGAAUUUGCUGUACCCAGUAGCACGUGAUAACGAGACUGAUGGGAUGAUUUAUGCCACUUGUGAAAUGAAGCCCAGCUCCAAAAUAGAUGCUGACAAGCCACAAGUGACUGGACAAGUCUUAUUCAGGCAGCUUUACUCGUAUGGAAGAUUGGAAGCCAUUUUUUACUUGGAUGGGUUUCCAUUGGAUAGCAAUCAGUCUAGCAGAGCUAUACACAUCCACGAGCUUGGAGACCUCAGCAAUGGCUGUGAUUCUACAGGGGGACACUACAACCCUUUCAGAGUGAAUCACCCUCGUCACCCAGGAGAUUUUGGCAACUUUCUUCCUAAAGAAGGCAAAAUCAGAAAAUACAAAACAAACCUGUUUGCAACAGUCUUUGGUCCAUAUUCCAUCAUGGGCAGAUCUGUUGUGAUCCACGAGCAGGAAGAUGACAUGGGCAAGGGCAAUAACAAGGCCAGUUUAGAAAAUGGAAAUGCUGGGAAACGCCUGGCUUGCUGUGUGAUUGGGAUAAGCAACAAGAACUUGUGGGAAGAGAAACUGCCUGAGGUUAUGGACAAGAAGAAGAGAGGGCUCAACAAAAGAACAUAG